UGUACAGAGAAAGAAAAUGAAUACAGAAAAUAGAGACUGACACAAUAAAACCUUACUCCAGGUAGUCCCUUCAAAUACUUCAAUAUCUAUGGAAUAACAUAAUCACUCAUUUUUCUGACGCCGGCAUCUUACAUCCUGCAGAUCACCUUUUUCAAUAUUCUUUGGAUUUCAACAGGGAAAUAUUCUAGGUAAUGUAAGUAUACAGCACUGCUUAAAGCUGAUUUGGAGUGAAUUGGGAGUGAAAUUUUAAAACUUUACAGAAAGCUUGAGUAAAAAUGUACAAAGCAAGUGUGUUAGUUAAGAGAUCUUCUGCCUGUGGGAAAAUGACAGACAGAGUUGUUCAUAUUAGUUUUUUGUUGCUUUUGUUCUUCUUAUUAUUAUUCCAGCCUUAGCAGCAACUAUCAGCUGUGUGUGUCCUGAGCCACCCAGUGCCAUGGUGUGCAUGACCCAGCCUUCUCUAUGAUCAGAUUGGUAUUAUGUCCAUACACCACACAUCAUUCAUAGCAGACUGUUUCUGCUUUGUGGCAUAUGUGGAAUAUUGUGUGCCAAAAAAAAAUCUGGACUUAUCAUGAUACUUUUUUCUGCCUGUUGCAUCUGUGGACUAAUCGGAGGAAUUUUAAAUUUUCAAUUUCUUCGUGCUCUCACAAAGAAGUCGUCUGCUCUCUAUUCUUUGCAUCUUGCCUCCAUGUCUCUUGCAUGCAUUGGAAUUGGUGGUUGCACCCUUUCUUCAUGGCUCACUUGUCGGCUAGCCAGCUAUGAACAAAGGCGAAUGUUCUCAGAAAGAGAACAUUCAUUGCAUCACUCCCAUGAAAUGGCAGAAAAAGAAAUGACAGACAACCUAAGCAAUGGUGGCCCACAUCUGAUUUAUAACGGAAGCGUAUACUAAGAGAUUUUUUAAAGUUCCGUGGAAUGAAAUGGUUUUAGAAUUUUCUUCAGGAAAAUAAAAAUGACUUCCAGGAAUUGAGAAAAUGGAAUUAUCUUAGCUUUUAUGGCUCAAGUGUCACAACUGCAGAACAGCACAGUUGCAUUUCCCUUUUAGAAACAUGUUCAAAAUUUAUCUCCUAAACAUUUUGCGGAUAUAAAGUAUUUAUUCACUUCCUGGAUACUCUUUGUCUGAAAAACUUUUCAGAAUUGUGAUAGUAUUUGAAAUAGACUUCUCAAGACUCUUCUUAUGAAGACUCAAAAACCAGAACAAAUAAUGUAACUAUACCACACCUAACCCAACCACACGAUUCCUGAAGAGAAUGGAAAAGGGCAGAGGAAGGAUAGCUCUGGAGAAUCUUUUUUGUCCUCUGCAGUCAGCAGCAUCUGGUGUAAUAUGGUGGCUUCAGAUCAUGUGGCAUGGUACCAGCAACGCAUCUGCACAAGCCUCCUUUUCACACUGCAAAUGCAUCCAGCCUGUUUGCCCAGUAGAUUGUAUCAAAAAGAGAGUGCAAAUUACUCUUCCAAAACGCUUCCAUUUCACAUGCAGAGUGCAAGUGAACAGUGUGCUGAAAACAACGCCAAUGUCUUUGUUUUGAAAGACAGAAUGCUCUAAGGAUGCCAUAAAUCAAAACCUCAACAAUGCCUUGUUGUAAAGAAAUUGUAAAUAUUUCCAAUUUGUGAAUGAAGUAUAUUUCUUAAUUUGUUCAUAAAAGAUGACA